AACAAAUCAUUCUUCAACUAUAUCAAGUUUAUUGUACAAUAUCUUUUAAAAUUGUCUUCUUAUUAUUUAUUAUUUCUGUGUUUUCUGAUUCGGGAAAUGUCAGAAAUUGAAUGGCAAGCGGACAACUGUUUGUCGAUGCUAGGAGAACUGGAGGACAGCUGGCAGGCCGCGGUGGACAGAGCGAUGUCCGUCAGAGACGAACAGCUGACAAGGGCUCAGCAAGCGAUCUCUAGUCUUCAAAUCCAGCUCAAGAAACAGGAGUCUCUACUCGUCCUCAAGGAACAAGAAAUAGGCUUGCUCAAACUUUCCUUAUCAGACCUUAACAUGAAACUUGACUCAGCCCAAUCAGACAUUGCUAACCUUUUAGAAGAGAAGCAGAGGCAAUUAGAAGAGAAAACGAAAAAACAUAAAGAAGAAUUGGAGAUGACUAGAAAUGAAGUGGACGAACUGAGAACCAGACAUAAAGAAUCUAUAAGAGAGCUGACCGCUGGAGCGAGGGCCACACUGGAAGAUCUGGAGACACAGCUAGAAACUGUAAAGACAAACGAAAGCAUGUAUAAAAAGCAAGUGGAUGAAUUAGAAAAGGUGAAUAGCAAAAAUGAAAAGCACCUAAGCGAUUGGAACCGAGUCUCAGAGCAAAUGUGUGCCGAACUGUCAGAAAUUAAGACAAGACUUCACAAUAGCAAGUACUCAAACUCGAAACUGAGAGAAGAGAUGGCCUUGUGGAAGAAAUAUUGUGAGAAGGUUGAAGAAGAAAGAAAGACGCUAAAGCGUGAAAUAGAGCUGGAAAGGAAGGUGAUGAAAACUCUCAGUCAAGUCGACAACUUCCUUAAAUGCGACAGACAACAGCGGAACAUGAUUCUGGAUGCAAUGAACAAUUUUGGUAGAAAAAUCAUGGACGAGUUCGGGCAGAAAAAUAUGUCUAAGAAGCCGGCACUUAAACUAGUUUCUGUGGAGAGUCAAACAGAAAUAGCAAAGAACGAUAUCGAUGAGAAACUUGAGAAGGAAAAUGAAAUAUUAGUUUUCAGGCAAAAAGAAAUUCAGUUGGAAGAAGAAUUAAAGAAAGCCGAGUUGGACGUGGAUAACUUGACGCAGCAGAAUAUAACUCUAAGGGAAGUGAUCAAGGCGAUGAAGCGGGAAAGGGAACAUUGGGAAAAGGAAAAGGAACAAAUCGAAGAAGAAGUUAGAGUAUCAAAACUAGAGGAGAGUGUGAGAUUCUUAAAGAAUAAUUUGAUGCAUGAGCAGAAAGAUGUCUGUGUGUGGAGCGCCCUACAAGACGUCAAGAAGGAGGUAUCCAAUUUAAAGAAUAAAAAUUUGUACAAAAAUACAAAGAGUAACUGAGAUAAAUCAUUACACAGAAGAUAAGAUUUUUUUAUGACGAUGAUUUCACGAUAUUUAAUUUCUUGGAAUCUUCGAUGAUGAGUAUUGACACUACACUGAAUAACCAAAUUAUAUUUUAAUUUAGUUUUCUGAGUCUAAUAAAUGGUCGUAUCUAAGGGUUAAAUGUUAAAAUUAACAUUUUGUUUGACUAAAAAACAAUGACCUAAAUUUGUUACCCAACUUUUUUAAAAUCAGUUAUAUCCAUGUUACAUUAUUAAAGCAUUUCCCAAAUUGAAUAAAAAUGUAAAACGUCAAGACUUUGAGAUGUAUUUUAGUAAUUGUGUACACACGUAUAUAUUGACAAUUAAAUAUUAUAAAACACUUGA